AUGCAAGUUUCAGAGUAACUCCCAAAAUCAGAAGAGAAUUGAUAUGAUGGGGAUAUACAUGAGCCUCUCCAUCGUUAUCCUAUCAAUCAGAGGUCUGAAAACAACGUGGACACAUCAUUCCCCACAACUCUGAUGACUCAUCAAUCAUCAUCACACUCACACCCUUAUUUUCGUAUUGCUCUUGUCGCAAUUAUCAAAAUCAGAACAGAGCCGAUCAUCUAUAUUUAUGGUUUUCACAGAAGAAAGAGAAAACGACAAGAGACAGAACAUGUGAAAGAUUCUCACCCUAAGAACCUGUCCAAAAGAAAUCUUGAGUCUUUUUUGAGUUGGAAUAUAUAGUUAAAAGAU